AGAAAAUACAAUUAUUUUGAAGUGAGUUUAAACUUGAAUAUCAAACAACUUGAUUCCUUAUAUUAAUAUUUCAUAUGUUUUAUUGAGAUUUGUUUCAAUUCAUUAUGAGUCUAAAAUUCAAAACUUUAAUAUAAGUAUUUUUAAACUUAAUGAUACACAUCUUUUCUUAAAAGUUGUUUGAGGAAAUGGGAGAAGAAAAUUGUAUAACAGAUAUGGGAGAUGAAGAGGUGCAUGCGAAGAGCAUUGGCUUACGAAUUCAAGGCAAAAUAGCCAGCAAAAUGUCUUCAAAAGGGUUGGCGAAACAAGUUGUUGAUGGACCUACCUCUGAACUAAUUGAUAACUGUUAUAGAAUUGCAAAAUACUAUCUUGAGAGUAAAAAAGAUGCCGAAAAAAUUAUGAAAAAUAUGAUAAAAAUUGUUGUCAAGGUUGCACUUUUGUCAUCUAACAAUCGUUUUACAAAAGAAGAAAUGUCAAUUAUUCAAAAUUUCCAAAACAAAUUUAAAACCAUUGCAAAAUCUAUAAUAAGUUUUUAUGAGGUAGAUUUUACAUUUGAUUGUGAGUAUACGGUUACUAUGAUGAAAGAUUCUCAAAAGCUUUUAGAAAAGUUGGUUUGCAACCAUCUCACUGCAAAGUCAUUAAAGCGUAUAGAGUGUGUUUAUAAUUUCUACUCAAAUCCAGAUGUUUUAGAUUCUGUUUUCCAACCUGGUAGCAAGUUUAGACCUUAUCUAGCCAAUAUUGUUAAGUCAUUAAACACUUUGAUAGAGCAAGGCCAGCUAUAGGUUUCGCUAGCUUAAAAGUAUUUUAAAUGCUUCGUAUUUUUUUUUUUUUUUAUAUUGACAUAAAAUGUUUCUGAAAUACGUCGAUUUUCUCUCUUCGACGUUUUUGUUUUUUGUUUUUUUAUAUAUGCAUUUUUCUAGCUAUGCAAUCUUUACGUUUUCAUAUUUUGUUUUUUGACUAAACGCUUUCUUCCACUUAUCUUUAUUUGUACAUUAUCUCAUUCUCUUGUUUUUGUUUUUUUUUAAUUUUGUCUUUCACAGGGAAUAAUUAUAGUUUUUUUUUUUUUGCAAUCAACAUUCGUCAGCAAAGGAAAACAUUUUGUGAAACAAAAUUUUAAAAUGAAUUUUUAUUUAUUACAUGGCUAUAAAACAAAUUUGAAAAUUAUUUUUUUGUUUAUAA